AGGGUGCCUCCAACCUCCUGCCAAUAGAGCCUGGAGAGGAGCCCCUCCCCCACCCCACACACACAAAACACACUUCUAGGGGGAAUAAAAACCCUACACAUGAACCAAGUGCUUACUACAGACCAGGCACUAUGCUUGGUCUUUCACUUGCAAUUAAUUCUCAACAAAACAAAACAAAAACAACUGGGGAGGAGAUUCUGUCAUUUCCAUAUGACGGAUGAGGAACCGAAGAUUCAGAGAGGCAAAGUCAUCUGCCCCAGGCAGGUUGCACAUCUGUCAAAUGACAAAGGUGAGAUUUGAACUCGCCCUAGGCAGCCUCCAGGAGCCGGCUGAGCCCCAGGCCCAGUCGCUGGAUCCCUGCCCAGGACCCCCACACCCAAAUCACCUUUAGUUCUACUGGACAACACUGCUCCCCCUGGUUGCCACUUCACUUGGUUAUAGGGUGAGCUGAGUUCAUGCAAAAAUACACAUAGUGAUGAUAUGACCCUAGCACCCAUUCUACUGGGUGUCAAAACAUAUGUUACUCACCAAACGCUCUGUAAAAGCAUUUAUCGUUAUAUCAUGAGACCCAUCUUACAGAUGGAGAGACUGAGACUCAGGCAAGGUGGUAGAGCUGGAUUUGAGCAGAAACUGCCCGCCUCCAAUGGCUGCACACUCAUCUCUCACAUUGUACCCACCACCCUCUAAGCUGUACAGCUGUGUGCUUCGUGCCCUUGGGAGACCCCUCAAUCUCAACCACAGGAGUCUCCAGCUUUUCAACCCUCAGACCCUGGGUCUAAACCACACUGGUCAGAUGUACUUAUUGAAAUAAAGAGGGGAAAAAACCCCAGCUGAGCAAAAGUAACUCUAGGGCCAGUUCUGAGACCUCUCUGGAAUGGCUUUGCCCUGAGACACCAAGCACAGUUUCUGUGUGCUGGGGUAAUUGAGUCUAACCUCUGUUCAAUGGGGAGCAAGACUUUGUAAAGUUUCAGAAUGAAUCUAGUCCAGACUCUGCCUCUUACUGACUGCAUGACCUGGGAUAAAUCUGUUUCCUUUUCUGAGUGUCCGUUUCCUCAGCUGAUAAAUGGCAUAAUGAUAGCACCUACCUUGUAGGGCAUGAUGAGAAUCAAGAGUCACAUACAGGACUUUUAAAAUCUUAGCAAAGUGCCUAGCACACCACCAACAGUAAAUGUUUUUCCAUCAUCCCUGGCUGUUCCAGGCUGCUGUCUUGUGCCGUCCCCUCCUUAGUUCAGCCUCAUUUGAGCGUGGAAGAGCAAGGAUUGUAUGCAGGGGAGAAGGCCUGAUAGGUUCUGGGGCGUUCUGAGGCAGCCUAGGGUCUGAGACGUGCCUUGCGAGUUUGCAGGAAAGGGGCGGGUGGAGCGGCGUGUCUGGGGGCGUGGCCCUUUCAGGCUGCCAGGCGGACUGCUGAGGGAAGGUGGUGUUGGAACGGGGCGGGUCAAGGCAGAGGGGUGUGUCCGGGGGGCGUGGCCUUCCCGGCCUCGGACGCUAACAGAUGGGGGUAGGAGGAGGAGCGAGACAGGAGGCGGAAGGGCGUUCCCGAGGCGGGGCGUGUCCUUCCUAGCGGGAGGUGUAGGCUGUGGGGCGGCCCCCGGCAGAGGGCGAGGGGCGUGCCCGGGGCGUGGUCUACAGGUCAGGCUCCGCCCCCGGAGUACUGCUCUGCGCUUCAGCGCUCCCUGGCCUGAGAAAGGCGGGAGCCCUCGGGCUGAGGAGGUACCCAGGCUUCAGGCAGUGACUGCGGGGGAACCAUGACUGCAGUGGGACGAAGAUGUCCGUCACUGGGACCCAGAGGCGAGCGGAUUUCCGGGACUGAAUAGCCGGAAACUCUGGGAUGGGACACCUCACCCGGGAAAAGCUGGCAGAGGGCUGCUGGAGAACCAGAGGCUGGCGGGGACUACGUGAAGCACAAAAAGCCCCGGCAAUAAGCUUGAAAAUAGUAGCAUGCAUUUACUGAGCACUUACUUCAUGCCUGGCAACUUAAUGUGCAUCAACUCAGCCGAGGCUCAGAAGGGUUGUAUGAGGUCAGCACAGUUCUCCAAGGAGAAGUACAUCCUGGACUCCUCACCCGAGAAACUGCACAAGGAAUUGGAGGAGGAACUCAAACUCAGCAGCACAGAUCUCCGCAGCCAUGCCUGGUACCAUGGCCGCAUCCCCCGUGAGGUAUCAGAGACCCUGGUGCAGCGCAAUGGCGACUUCCUCAUCCGGGACUCACUCACCAGCCUGGGUGACUAUGUCCUCACCUGCCGCUGGCGCAACCAGGCCUUGCACUUCAAGAUCAACAAGGUCGUGGUGAAGGCGGGUGAGAGCUACACCCACAUCCAGUACCUGUUUGAGCAGGAGAGCUUCGACCACGUGCCCGCCCUCGUGCGGUACCACGUGGGCAGUCGCAAGGCUGUGUCCGAACAGAGCGGGGCCAUCAUCUACUGCCCCGUCAAUCGCACCUUCCCGCUGCGCUACCUGGAGGCCUGCUAUGGCUUGGGCCAGGGCAGUGGCAAGGCUGCUGGCCCCGCCAGCCCCUCGGGCCCCAAGGGCAGCCACAUGAAGCGGCGCAGUGUCACCAUGACUGACGGGCUCACCGCCGACAAGGUCACCCGUAGCGAUGGCUGCCCCACCAGCACAUCACUGCCCCACCCCCGGGAAUCCAUCCGCAACUGUGCCCUCAGCAUGGACCAGAUCCCAGACCUGCACUCGCCCAUGUCUCCCAUCUCUGAGAGUCCCAGCUCCCCCGCCUACAGUACUGUGACCCGUGUCCACGCCGCCCCUGCAGCUCCCUCUGCCACAGUGCUGCCUGCCUCCCCUGUCACCCGCCGCUCCAGUGAACCCCAGCUGUGUCCUGGAAGUGCCCCAAAGCCCCCUGGGGAAUCGGACAAGGGCCCUUAUGCCAGUCCCUCCCACACGCUCUGCAAGGCCUCCCCAUCACCGUCGCUUAGCAGCUACAGUGACCCGGACUCUGGCCAUUACUGCCAGCUCCAGCCUCCUGUCCGUGGCAGCCGAGAGUGGGCAGCGGCUGAGGCCUCCAGCCAGCAGGCCAGGAGCUACGGGGAGAGGCUAAAGGAACUGUCAGAAAAUGGGGCCCCUGAGGGGGACUGGGGCAGGGCCUUCACGGUCCCCAUUGUGGAAGCCACCUCUUCCUUCAACCCAGCCACCUUCCAGUCCCUACUGAUCCCCAAGGAUAACCGGCCACUGGAGGUGGGCCUCCUGCGCAAGGUCAAGGAGCUGCUAGCAGAGGUGGAUGCCCGGACGCUGGCCCGGCACGUCACCAAAGUUGACUGCCUGGUUGCUAGGAUACUGGGCGUUACCAAGGAGAUGCAGACCCUAAUGGGAGUCCGCUGGGGCAUGGAACUGCUCACCCUCCCCCAUGGCCGGCAGCUACGACUAGACCUGCUGGAAAGGUUCCACACCAUGUCCAUCAUGCUGGCCGUGGACAUCCUGGGCUGCACGGGCUCCGCCGAGGAGCGGGCAGCGCUUCUGCACAAGACCAUCCAGCUGGCGGCGGAACUUCGGGGGACCAUGGGCAACAUGUUCAGCUUCGCUGCGGUCAUGGGCGCCCUGGAUAUGGCUCAGAUUGCCCGGCUGGAGCAGACAUGGGUGACCCUUCGGCAGCGACACACAGAGGGUGCCAUCCUCUAUGAGAAGAAGCUCAAGCCAUUUCUCAAGAGCCUCAACGAGGGCAAAGAAGGCCCACCGCUGAGCAACACCACGUUUCCCCAUGUGCUGCCGCUCAUCACGCUGCUGGAAUGUGACUCAGCCCCUGCUGAGGGCCCUGAGCCCUGGGGCAGCACAGAGCACGGUGUGGAGGUGAUCCUGGCCCACCUGGAGGCUGCCCGAACAGUGGCACACCACGGAGGCCUGUAUCACACCAACGCUGAGGUCAAGCUGCAAGGGUUCCAGGCCCGGCCAGAGCUCCUGGAGGUGUUCAGCACUGAGUUCCAGAUGCGCCUCCUCUGGGGCAGCCAGGGCGCCAGCAGCAACCAGGCCCGGCGCUAUGAGAAGUUUGACAAGGUCCUCACUGCCCUGUCCCACAAACUGGAGCCUGCUGUCCGCUCCAGCGAGCUGUGACCCCCACGGACCCCUCCCCUCUGCAGCUGCGGGCAGCAACAGGGACAGAGGGGGCACAGACCUUUCCCCAGAGCACCCCAGAGACACUGUGAUCAGCCCAAGAAUGUUCUGGGCCCAAACCAGGAUCUCCGUUGCACUUCCAGGGUCCUGCAUGGACCCUGGGCUCCGUCCCACCUGCUACAUGCCCGCCAAGUCUCCCUUCAGGAAGAACCGGAACCCUCUCCCUCCCUCCAGCUUCUGCUUCUCCCCUUCCUGCUGAGGUGCCCUGUGCUCGAGCCAGGAGAGAGCCUUCACACCUCCUCACUCUUCUCGGGGCACCUGCCGGACACCAAGGCCUCCACCUGGUUGUAAAUAUGUCUGUCUGUUCUGUAAAUAGAUGUACAGAAGCCAUGUUCGUUCUUUCAUAUAAUAAACUUUUAUGACUCUUU